CGGUUUGUGGGCGUUCGAGCGUGCGUGGCAACAACCUUGUGCUGCGUCUAUGUCUCUAUAGUCUGCUUGCUGAAUCUUAACUUUCCAGCUUUUAUAGUUCCUGAGAUCUCGAUGUUCAUGCGGACGGACGGACGGACAUAUACUCCUUUACUGUACGAGUAACGCGUACAAAAUAAUAUUUAAGUUUUGUCUUUCGUAUGUAUUAAUGUAUGUAAACUCCCACUUAAAUGCCCACAAGGGUACAUACCGUCAAAAUCUUUCUGGCAUAUAUAAAACACCUAAAAUUGCCCAAUAAGUUAAGUUAAGUUAGCAUUCCCAUGAUCCAAAACAAUUUAACUAGCAAAUACCAUACAAGCAGUACAUGGAUUCCUGCCUUUUCCUAUUUCUUUUCACAAAGACCUUUUAGUUUAAGUAUAUUGGGUUAUCUGAUUUUUUUAAAAGAUAAUAACAAAUUCAUAUAUAAAUCUUCGAGCAAGCGAAUUUUAAACCGAAUUUUAAAUGCAGAGCGUUUUCAACAAUUUUGGACAUGAAUGUGUAAGGUUUCCGUCUAUGAAACUUACUUUCUUCGUAUUAUCCAAGUUUGGUCAAUCGAACCGCUCUACCUAUUUGUAUUUAGCAUAUAAAUAUAUUCGGCGUUGACAAUGGGGAUAUCAAAUGAUUAUUUAAAUUUAAACGCAACGUUGGUCGCCAAGUUAGAUAAGAUCCCGGACUAUUCAAGUAGUGCAUCUGCGCAUACGAAUCUGUGGUUUGGCAACCGCCCAAUGUGAUACGUUACAUAUUCGAAGUUGUGAAGUCAAUAAUAGAUUCAACCGUUUUAUGGUAGUGCCUAGUAAUUUUGUCUUUCUGUGGGAAAACGAUGCUAUGUUGGAUAGAUAUAAAAACAUACAAAUUGGAAAGGCAGGGCAUCAGUCGACCCUAGCAACUCAGACAGUUCAAAGUAAAAAUGAAGCAGUUCGUCGUUCUAAUGUGCCUGGUGGCCCUCACCGCAGCAGCUCCCCAGGGAUACAAGUACCAACCUCAGCUACCAGCCCUUCCCAUAGGGAAUCUCCGUCCUCAGACACCUAUUUCAUCAAGUGGAAUAUACGCAAGUGCCGCCGUCCCAACUAUCGCACAGCUCGGUGUUCAGGCCGCGAUCGGUGUCCAGGCGCAGCAGCCCGCCAUUCAAGCCGUGCAGACCUUCCCCGCUCCUGCUUCUGCUUCCGCUUCUUUGCCGAUUAUUACUCCGCCCCAGCAUCUGAUAAGCACUGUGCAGCAGCAGCCUCAGCAAAUCGUGUACCAGCAGCCGCAGCAGGCCCUUCAGACCCAGUUCGUCCAGCGCCCCGCGAUCGUCACCAAGGACAUUUACAUCCACUCUGCCCCCGAGGAGAAUGAGGAACUGCGCCAGGACGAGCCACAACUGGAAAAUGUGCCCAUCCGCAAGAACUACCGGAUCGUCUUCAUUAAGGCGCCGACUCAGAAUCUAAAAUACACCGCCGCGGCUCUUAAGCGGGCCCAGUCAAGCAACGAGGAAAAGACCGUCAUCUACGUGCUUUCUAAAAAGCCCGAUCUUACCGAGAUUCAGCAGCAGCUGCAGGUCACCCAGUCUGAGGCUAAGGUUCAAAAGCCCGAGGUCUACUUCAUUAAGUACAAGACCCAGGAAGAGGCCCAGCGCGCCCAGCAGGAGAUCCAGGCUCAGUACGACGCCCUGGGCGGCGCCACUCACAUUUCGGACGAGGGAGUGGCCCCCAUCGCUAGCGUUUCGAGUGGCUCCCUCAACCUGGGCAGCUUUGCGUCCCAGCACUCCCAGGGUGGCCAAACCACCAUCCAGCCCCAUGGUCAGCCUAUUGUUCAGCUGCAAUCCCUUAACCAAGGGGUCCAGCAGCAGAGCUCCUUUGUACAGCAGCCCACUGCUGCCAUCAUCGCUCCCUCUCUGCCAUCAAGGAAGUAUGUUCCGGCGAAGACUUUUUAAUAAUUUAUGUUGUACCGUUCCCAUCGCUUCUAUUGUUUUAUAUCAAUCACCAUUACUUAGUAAAUUUUAAUUUAUUUUUGUAAAUGCAAAAGUCGAAAAAGAUAAA